AUGUCUACUCGCGGCAAAGGUGGAAAAGUACGUACAAAAGCGAAAAGCAAAUCAGUUAGAGCAGGCUUGCAAUUUCCAGUUGGUCGAAUUCAUAGAUGCUUGAGAAGUGAGACCAGAAUGCGAGUUGCAGUUGGUGCUGCCAUCUACGUUGGAGCUGUAAUGGAGUAUCUAUGUGCUGAAGUGCUGGAACUUUGUGGUAAUACUGCACUCAAGGCUGCAAAGCGAAGGAUCAAACCUUGUCACCUGUCUGUCGCAAUCAAUGCCGAUGACGAAUUAAAAGAACUUACACAAAAUGCAAUAAUCUCUUGUGGAAGAUACAUCUGUCGCAAAAGUGCUGAGCCCGCAAAACCAGCAUCCACUUAA